GAAGUCGAGGGCGGUGAACUUACCGCUGGAGGUGGGGACGCGGGUCAUGUGCAGGUGGCGCGACGACAAGCUCCACCCCGUUAAGGUCAUCGAACGCCGCAAGGUCUCGUCCUCCGCCGGAAUUAGCGAGUACGAGUACUACGUUCACUACACAGAGUUCAAUAGGAGGCUUGAUGAGUGGAUCAAACUUGAACAGCUGGAUCUCGAUUCAGUGGAGAAUGAUGUUGAUGAGAAAGUGGAUGAUAAGGCAACUAGCUUGAAAAUGACGCGUCAUCAAAAACGGAAGAUUGAUGAGACACAUGUGGAGCAAGGUCAUGAAGAGCUUGAUGCUGCUAGUCUGCGCGAGCAUGAGGAGUUUACAAAAGUGAAAAAUAUAGCAAAAAUUGAACUUGGAAGAUAUGAGAUUGAUACAUGGUAUUUCUCCCCAUUUCCAGCAGAAUACAAUGACUGUUCAAAGCUGUUCUUUUGUGAGUUCUGCCUAAAUUUUAUGAAGCGUAAAGAACAGCUUCAAAGGCAUAUGAGGAAGUGUGAUCUUAAGCAUCCACCUGGUGAUGAAAUCUAUCGCAAUGGCACCCUGUCUAUGUUUGAGGUUGAUGGCAAGAAGAACAAGGUUUAUGGGCAGAAUCUAUGUUAUUUGGCAAAAUUGUUUCUUGAUCACAAAACACUUUACUAUGACGUUGAUCUAUUUCUAUUUUACAUUCUUUGCGAAUGUGAUGAUCGAGGAUGCCACAUGGUUGGGUAUUUUUCUAAGGAAAAGCACUCCGAGGAGUCCUAUAAUCUGGCCUGCAUUCUUACCCUUCCUCCAUACCAAAGGAAAGGCUAUGGGAAAUUUCUGAUUGCAUUCUCAUAUGAACUUUCAAAGAAGGAGGGCAAAGUGGGUACACCAGAGAGACCACUUUCAGAUCUUGGACUUUUAAGCUACAGAGGAUACUGGACUAGAGUUCUCAUAGAAAUCCUGAAAAAACAUAAAAGCAACAUUUCCAUCAAGGAGCUCAGUGAUCUGACGGCAAUAAAAGCCGAUGACAUCCUGAACACUUUGCAGAGCCUUGACUUGAUCCAGUACAGGAAAGGGUCUCACGCGAUAUGCGCGGACCCGAAGGUUCUUGAUCGCCACCUCAAGGCUGCUGGUCGAGGUGGUCUGGAGGUCGAUGUUGCUAAGUUGAUUUGGACUCCUUACAAGGAACAGGGUUAGACUGGUUUUUGUGGGAUUUUAUUCUACUUGUUGACACAUUCAGCUUGUGUGUAAAUUGAUAGACAAUAAUGUUUCGUCAUUGACUGAUCUUACUUUAUAGGCAGACACGCUUGUAUGUGAGAUUUUUGUUAUAGUGUAGCCUGUUAAAUGUAAAAAAAAGAAAGUUGGAGAUGA